AUGCAAGCUGCUGCGGGAAUGGAGGUCUCUAGGAUUACAAACACUCAACAAGAGAAGGCCGAGCGGAAGCGGCGAUUGUCUCCUCAGGUUUUUCUUGCUGCUGUUGCUCGUGAACGCCAGCAGCAGCAGCAGCAGCAGCAGCAGCAGCAGCAACUGCAGCAGCAACAGCAGCAGCAGCAGCAGCAGCAACUGCAGCAGCAGCAGCGAGAGCAGCAGCAGCAGCAGCGGGAGCCGCAGACAGCUGCUGCAGCACAGCCACAAAAACCAUCUGAGGAGUCAGCAGCAGCAGCAGCAGCAGCAGCAGCAGCAGGAGACACAGCAGCAGCAGCAGCAACAACAGCAGCAGCAGCAGGAGGUGCAAGCGAACAACCUGCAGCAGCAGCAGCAGCAGCAGCAGCAGCACCAGAAGCAGCAGCAACAGCAGACCCUGCUGCUGGUGCUGCGUUGCAGCCCAGCAAAAGCAGCAGCAGCGAAACAGAACAGGAGCAGCAGCAGCAGCAACAGCAGCAGCAGCAGCAGCAGCCAUGCGAGCCCCCUGCAUCUUCAGAGAGCAGCAGCAACAGCAGCAGCAGCAGCAGCAGCAGCAGCAGCAGCAGUGACAACCUGCAGCAGCAGAAGCAGCAGCAGCAGAAGCAGCAGCAACCGCAGACCCUGCUGCUGGUGCUGCGUUGCAGCCCAGCAAAAGCAGCAGCAGCGAAACGGAACAGCAGCAGCAGCAGCAGCAGCAGCAGCAGCAACAGCAGCAGCAGCCAUGCGAGCCUCCUGCGUCUUCAGAGAGCAGCAGCAGCAACAGCAACAGCAGCAGCAGCAGCAGCAGCAGCAGUGACACGAUCGACAGCAGCACCCUCCCCACCACCACCCCCACCACCACCACCACCGCCACAAAAGAAGAAGCAUUGCUGGAUGGGGGGGGUGACGGAACUAUGGAAUUUUGACGUGCAGCUCAAUGUGCAGCAGCAGCAGCAGCAGCAGCAGCAGCAGCAGCAGCAGCAGUUUCAGCUGCAGCAGCAGCAGUUGCAACUGCAUCAGCAGCAGUUUCAGCUGCAGCAGCAGCAGCAGCAACUGCAUGCGGGAUUAGCAGCAGCAGAAGCAGCAGCCUUUCACACAGCUAGGGGGAGCCCGCUUCUGCUGCAGCAGCAGCAGUUGCAGCAGCAGCUGCAGCAGCAGCUGCAUCUGCAGCAGCAGCAGCAGCAGCAGCAAAUUUCUGUAGUAGAUCCAUCUGCACUACCAGCAGCAGCAACAGCAGCAGCAGCAGCAGCAGCAGCAGCAGCAGCAGCAAAAACUCCUUCAAAGAGGAAGCAUCCUAGAGGGGGUGUCUGCACUACCAGCAGCAGCAACAGCAGCAGCAGCAGCAGCAGCAGCAGCAGCAAAAACUCCUUCAAAGAGGAAGCAUCCUAG